AUGUAUUGGGUCCUCCUUUGUGGUUCUAUUUUGUUAUGCUGCUUGUCAGGAGCAAGCGCCUCCCCUGCUAAGACAAAAAUGUACGGCAAGUUACCACUGGUUUUGACAGAUGCCUGCAUGGGAGUUCUCGGCGAAGUAACCUGGGAGUAUAGUAGUGACGAUUUAUAUUCCUCACCAGCAUGUACAUAUGAACCGGCAUUACAGUCAAUGUUGUAUUGUAUUUACGAAUCAUUGAAUGAAAAGGGUUAUUCCAAUAGAACCUUUGAAAAAACCUUUGCUGCUAUCAAAGAAGACUGCGCAUAUUACACUGAUAACCUUCAGAAUAUGACUAAUGCAGAUUUCUAUAAUAUGCUGAAUAAUGGAACAACAUACAUAAUACAGUAUUCUGAAGGUAGCGCGAAUCUUACGUAUCCAAUCGAGAUGGAUGCCCAAGUGAGAGAAAACUAUUAUUAUUCUUACCAUGGUUUCUACGCCAACUACGACAUUGGUCAUACUUAUGGUGGUAUUAUUUGCGCCUAUUUUGUAGGUGUUAUGAUUCUUGCCAGCAUACUCCAUUAUCUAAGUUACACUCCGUUUAAAACUGCCUUAUUUAAACAAAGACUUGUAAGAUAUGUGAGAAGAUAUUUGACAAUACCUACUAUCUGGGGUAAACAUGCGUCGAGCUUUUCUUACCUUAAAAUUUUUACAGGCUUCCUUCCCACACGAUCUGAAGGCGUCAUUAUACUUGGAUACCUCGUGCUUCAUACAGUUUUUCUGGCAUACGGGUAUCAAUAUGAUCCUUACAACUUAAUUUUCGACUCUCGUAGAGAACAGAUUGCUCGAUACGUGGCAGAUAGAAGUGGUGUCCUGGCAUUUGCACAUUUUCCCCUAAUAGCUCUUUUCGCAGGAAGGAACAAUUUUCUAGAAUUCAUUUCUGGAGUAAAAUAUACCUCUUUCAUAAUGUUUCAUAAGUGGUUGGGAAGAAUGAUGUUUUUAGAUGCUGUGAUUCAUGGCGCUGCUUAUACCAGUUAUUCCGUAUUCUACAAAGAUUGGGCAGCAAGCAAGGAAGAGACAUAUUGGCAAUUUGGAGUAGCUGCUCUUUGUAUAGUUGGUGUUAUGGUGUUUUUUUCUUUGGCAAUGUUCAGAAAGUUUUUCUAUGAAGCCUUCUUAUUUCUCCAUAUUGUGCUUGGCGCAUUGUUCUUUUAUACGUGUUGGGAGCACGUCGUAGAAUUGAGUGGGAUUGAGUGGAUAUACGCUGCUAUUGCUAUCUGGACUAUUGAUAGGCUAAUUCGAAUUGUUAGAGUAUCUUAUUUCGGUUUCCCUAAGGCUUCCUUACAGUUAGUUGGCGAUGACAUCAUUCGAGUCACAGUCAAACGACCAGUAAGGCUAUGGAAAGCCAAACCAGGACAGUAUGUUUUCGUUUCAUUCCUACACCACCUGUAUUUUUGGCAGUCACAUCCUUUCACAGUCUUAGAUUCAAUUAUCAAAGAUGGUGAGCUGACUAUUAUCCUGAAGGAAAAAAAGGGAGUAACAAAACUUGUCAAAAAGUAUGUGUGUUGCAAUGGAGGUAAGGCAUCUAUGAGACUAGCUAUAGAAGGUCCAUAUGGCUCUUCAUCUCCAGUCAAUAAUUAUGAUAACGUCUUGCUACUUACGGGAGGUACUGGUUUGCCAGGGCCCAUUGCACACGCCAUUAAACUUGGAAAAACGUCAGCGGCAACUGGAAAACAAUUCAUAAAAUUAGUGAUUGCAGUUAGAGGGUUUAACGUACUCGAGGCUUACAAGCCGGAGCUGAUGUGUCUAGAAGAUCUUAAUGUACAGCUUCACAUCUACAAUACAAUGGAAGUUCCGGCAUUAACUCCUAAUGAUAGUUUGGAAAUUUCUCAACAAGACGAGAAGGCCGAUGGAAAAGGUGUUGUUAUGGCAACUACCCUAGAACAGUCACCUAAUCCAGUUGAAUUUGAUGGUACUGUUUUUCAUCAUGGAAGACCCAAUGUUGAAAAGCUUCUGCAUGAAGUUGGUGACCUAAAUGGAUCGUUAGCUGUGGUUUGUUGUGGGCCUCCUGUUUUCGUUGACGAAGUAAGGGAUCAAACGGCAAAUCUUGUUCUAGAGAAGCCUGCAAAGGCAAUCGAAUACUUUGAAGAAUACCAAAGUUGGUAA